GGACUUUUGAUGAUUGAGCAGCCACUAAAUAGUUACAACGUUCACAAUACACCGUUUGACAACAGACAUCAACAAGACACACAGCAAAUAUGGGCAAAUACUCAGACGACACAACUUGGGACGACGUCGUACCCCUGCCUCAAGAUGACGGUGGCCCAAACCCUCUCGCUGCGAUCGCAUACACGGACGAGUACUCGGAAGCAAUGUCAUACCUCCGCGCAGUCAUGGCCAAGAACGAAAUGAGCGAGAGAACACUAAGCCUGACCGAAGACAUCAUCGACAUGAACGCUGCACACUACACCGUCUGGUUAUACCGCUCCGAAAUCCUCAAAGCUCUCAACUCCGAUCUUUCAAAAGAAUUGGAAUGGUUGAAUGAGACCGCCCUUGCCCAUCAAAAGAACUACCAGAUCUGGCAUCAUCGUCAACUCGUCGUGGACCGUCUCGACUCCUGCAAGGGUGAAGCAGACUUCAUCUCCCAAAUGUUCGAGCUGGACGCGAAGAACUACCACGUGUGGAGUUACAGACAAUGGCUGGUGCGCAGGUUCGAGCUUUGGAACGAGGGAGAGCUGGAAGCUACGGAAAAGUUGAUUGAAGAGGAUGUGAGGAACAACUCCGCUUGGAACCAUCGCUUCUUCCUUGUGUCAGGGAGUAAACCACCAAAGACAGAAGAUAAGCCUGUGGUGGAGAGAGAGAUCCAUCAAGUCGCGACGACUAACAACAAACACAGAUUCGCUCAGGAAGCUAUCCGCACAGCACCGCAGAAUCAGUCGCCUUGGAACUAUCUUCGUGGUAUCAUAUCUGCCGCCAAUAUGCCUAUCUCAUCGCAACUAGAGUUUGUCAAUGAGUUUGCAAGCGUGGACUCUGAACGCGAAGACUCUGUGAAGUCUAGCCAUGCACUUGACCUACUGGCUGAGAUAUAUGCUGCCGAGAAGGAGCAGAGCGAGAAGGCUGUCAAGGCUUAUGACUUACUUGCCACCAAGUACGAUCCUAUCAGAGCCAACUACUGGGCUUAUCUGAAGGAUCAGCUCAGCCAAGGUCAAGUAGCUGCUUAG